AUGGCGACCGACACGCGCAAGAGACUGGCGGACGCAGAGGGAGCGCAACCGUCACCAGCCAAACGACCAAAAACCAACACAUCAUCACGAACUAUUCUCGCAGUCGAAGCCAUCGGAAAGUCACCAAAUGCAUCGACAACACCCACACCCGACGAACUGGCUAAGAAUGGACUGAGGCGGACGAUUGCGUUGGCGCUGGAAACGGUCGGCUUCGACGGAGCCACGCCUGAAGCAUUAGAGAGCUUCACCCUAAUGACGGAGACGUACCUCCAUUCAUUAACCGAAGAAGUCAAGAUCUUUGCCAACGCCGCGCGCCGCUCCUACCCGAUACUCAAUGACUUCGACAACACACUGAAGCGCUUCAACCUCACACCAACAGCCCUCUAUUAUCACAGGAAACCCCCGGUACCGAAGAAGAAGCGACAGCCAGUGUGGGAAGAUCUCCCCCUCGGCGAAGCCAUCCCCACCGACCUCCCCGUCCUCGCUCCCGAACUCGACGGCGCCGCAGACAAGGCAGCGAAGAACUACAUCCCGAGCUCCUUCCCCUCCUUCCCCAGCGUGCACACCUACAAAUACACGCCCGAAAGCGUCGAGGCCGCCACGGCCGUAGACGACAGCAGCAUCAUAACCGACACACAAGCCACAACCGCCACGCAGACCCAAACGAUGAUCGCAGAAUCCCAGACCGAAGCAGCAGUAGCAGCGUUAGCAUCCCAGCAACAACAAUCACAACUCCCCACCAAGAUCCCCCAACGACCACUGGCGCCCGACGAGAUCCCCCGCGGCGAUCCUAAGAAGAUCCGCGAAGCCGCCGCCAAGGAAGCCAAGGCCGGCGAGCAAGCUCUACGUCGCCUCAUGCGCGCCAGCAAGAUUGCCAAACAGAAGGACGUGUCGGCCACGGCGCAGCGGGCGCCGGCCAAACGCGAGCGGUACGCGCUCUGGGAAGCGGCCAUGCGCGAGCUGGUCGAGGACGAUAGCAAGGCCAAGGGUAGAGAGGUGACGGCUGUGGCUAUGCACAGUCAGCAGGGCCGGGUCGAGAUUGCGGAUCACAGCAUGAUUGUUAAUGCGGAGAAGGGGUACUAUCGGAAGGAGGUGGCGAGGCCGGGGGUAAUGAAGUUGGCGGGGGAGUUGGCGGGGAAGUAG